AUGGCUUUUACAGCACGACUGGAACGGGAGGAAGCUUUUCUGGUAACCAGCAACAUGAAAGCGUCGACCAAACUUCACAGCGUGACUGAACACCGCCCGUGCUUCGCUGCUCGUAUGUUCACACUCUUUUUUAAGCGGAGACCAUCCGCGGAUGAAAGUCGGCCUAAGUCUUGGUCAGGACAGCCAAAUUCUACGCCUGUGGAGACCUCUGUUCGCUACAGUGUCAAUAGCAUGGAUUUACGUGUAUCUGGGUCGAUGAUCUCAGAAUUCACGUCUCGAAAUGCUGACGACGACGACGAUACUCAAGACUCUAGUUGGCGACAACGGCAAGCACACUGCUUGAAUUGUGGGCGUUUGUUCUUCGUUUCUCUGUCGAUGCUAAGUUGCAGUUCUACGCGUUUCUGCUCGCUAGACUGUAAAACUACUUUUGAGUACGUGAAACAUCUUGAGGAUUUGCUCGCUGUGGAGAUAUUGUGGACUAGCAGCUGCAAUAGUUCGCUCGGAUGA